AUGAAAAAGCCUUGCCGCAGUCACGGAACGUCUGCUGACUAUGCUUCAGAGAACGAUAAAUUCUUGCCAUCUGGGCCUCAACAACAAACUUGUCUCCAUGCCACGAUAAAUGAUCGUCUCGGACACGUUGACUGCACAAUCGGCGGAGUCAGACUUUUCGGACUUCAAGUUGUCGACAGACCAUUCGUCCGUUUCAGUUGCGGGCUCGGCAUUUGGGGGACUGGAAAAAGUUGGACGGCAGAAGGGUUGAGCUCAUCCACGUUUGCGUGUAAGUCAGAGAGAUGA